UUGGGACGCGGAAGUACAGAACCGUUGUUUUGCUAAUCAGUAGCACGUAUGCUAGCACCGCUAACCGAGCUGCCUCUCAUUAUAUCAGUUCUAUUGGCGUUAACAAGUAAACAACACCCAUGGUCAGGAUGACCCAGAAGCACUGCCUGGAGGGCCAGGUGUACUCAGUGCCUCUCAUCCAGCCGGACCUGAGGAGAGAGGAGGCUGUGCAUCAGAUAGUAGAUGCAUUACUCUACUUGGAGACCAUCUCUACGGAUAUUUUCAAAAGGGUGUCUGACAGUGUAGAGAAGAACCGCCGCCAGCUGCAGAGCGUCACUGACCGGAUCAGAUUAGCUCAGGCCCGUGUUGACAAGAUCAAAGGCAGUAAAAAGGCCACCAAGGUUUUCUCCAGUGCCAAGUACCCGGCUCCGGAUCGGCUUCAGGAUUACUCUUCUAUCUUCACCGAGGCUGCAGACCCCUCCUCACAAACUCGCCCCCGACGCAGGAUACAGAAUAAACUUCGACCCUUUGAUGAGAAGGCCUUGCAGGAGAAGCUGAUGUAUUUCCCUGUGUGUGUGAGCAAGAAGAAGAGGUCUGAGGAUGAGACAGAGGAGGGGCUGGGCAGUCUGCCGCGCAACAUCUCAUCUGUCAGCUCCCUGUUGCUCUUUAAUACUACAGAGAACUUAUAUAAGAAGUAUGUGUUCCUUGAUCCUCUGGCGGGAGCUGUGACAAAAACGCACACGACACUAGAGACAGAGAAAGAGGAGAAACCGUUUGACGCACCAUUGUCCAUCACGAAGAGAGAGCAACUGGAGAGACAGACGGCAGAGUCUUACUUCUACGUGCCAGACCUGGGCCAGGUGCCCGAGAUAGAUGUGCCAUCCUACCUGCCUGACCUGCCAGGCAUUGCAGAUGACCUGUCCUACAGCGCAGACCUGGGGCCUGGCUUUGCCCCAUCAGGACCCACACACAAUAUCCCUGAUCUGCCCUCCUUCGCUGAGGAGAGCAAUGCACAGGGAUUUCAGCUCCAAUCUAAUGCUGCGCCUCCGCCACCACCUCCCCCACCCCCUCCUCCUCCUGAGCCCGCCCUCACUCCCGCCAUUCCUGCAGGAGCUCCCCCUCCUCCCCCUCCUCCGCCACCGCCUCCUGUUGACGGCCCCACAGAAGUUUCUCGAGCACCAAGUUCAGGCCCUGUGUCUGGUGCUCCCAGCGAGGUAGUCGAGCCAUCAGACGGCCGUGCCAGUCUCCUGGAGUCCAUCCGCAACGCCGGAGGCAUCGGCAAAGCCAAGUUACGCAACGUCAAAGAGCGCAAGAUGGAGAAGAAGAAACAGAAGGAGCAAGAGCAAGCAGUGGGAGCGGCAUCCAGCGGCGGAGACUUUAUGUCUGAUCUCUUCAAUAAACUUGCCAUGCGAAGGAAAGGCAUAUCUGGUAAGGGUCCAGCUGGUGGGGAGUCUAGCGAGGCUCCAGCUGGUACCGGCGGCGCAUUUGCCAGGAUGUCAGAUGCCAUCCCACCACUUCCUGCCCCACACGCGGCAACAGAUGACGAUGAUUGGGAAGCAUAACAUGAAGGACAAUGAACACUUAAAGCGCUGAUAAUGAAAGCAAUCAAUAGUCUGGGAUAAUUUUGUGUACAAAGGACUUACAUUUUCAUCUGAUCACUUAACAACAUUGUAAAAGUGAUAGGGUCUCUUGCUAACAGAAACUCUAAAGUGGCCAAUAAUUGGCUUCCUAAUGAUAAGUGCGCUGAUUUGUGUAACCAGUUGAACAAAACACCACUAAAACUCAAAUAAUAAAGCAAUUUAUUGAUAACAGUAAA